AUGGGUGCGAAGAAGGCACCUCCUCAGGAGCUAGAGACGCGAGAGCCGCUCCUGGCGGUUCUGCUCGCGGACAGUUAUGACACCGACCUGCGGCCGAUGUCGCUGGAGACGCCCAAGGCGCUCCUUCCCGUCGCCAACACGCCGAUGAUAGAGUACUCGUUGGAGUGGCUAGCCAUGUCGGGGGUGGACGAGGUGCUGGUCAUGGCCGCUGCGGGCACGCAGGGCGACGCCGUCGAAGAGUUCAUCACGGGCUCCGAGAAGUGGUCGAAGCAGCGCGUCCCGAAGGUCACGGUCCUGCGCUCCGGCAGCAGCAACAUCGGCGACGCGCUGCGCUACCUCGACGAGGAGCACCUCGUGCGGUCCGACUUCGUCCUGACGUAUGCCGACGUCGUCACGAACGUCGACCUGCAGCCCGCGAUCCAGGCGCACCUCGACCGCCGCGCGAAGGACAAGCAGGCGAUCAUGACCGCGGUCGUCAAGCCCGCGGCCUCGGUCCAGCAGCGCCUGCGCUUCGGCGAGGCCCCGCACUGGAUGGUCCUCGACGGCGGCUCCCAGCGGCUCCUGCAGGCCGAGCUGCAGCCGCGGCGGGGCGGCGUCGGGGUCAACACCGCGGCGUUCUCCGAGCGCGACGCCGUGCGCGUGCGCGGCGACCUGCACAUGGCCGACAUCUACGUGUGCGCGCCCGAGGUACUGAUGCUGUUUUCCGACAACUGGGACUACGAGGACGUGGCGCGCGACUUCAUCCCCGGCACGCUCAGCGCCGAGGAGCUCGGGAACACGCUGCACGUGUACGAGGCGCGCACGCACUACGCCGUGCGCAUCCAGAGCCUCCGCGCGUACGACGCAGUGUGCCGGGACGUGAUCGGGCGCUGGGCGUUCCCGCUCGUGCUCGACACGAACGCGCUGUCCGGGGAGGGCGGGCGGAGCACGUCGUACGUCCUGAAGCGGCGGAACGUGUACCGCGAGGAGGGCUCGAUCGUUGCGCUCGACGUUGAGUGCUUCGCGGACUCUGUUGUGGCGACGGGGUGCACCGUGGCGGCGGGGGUGCAGCUGGAGGGGUCCGUGGUCGGGCAGGGCGCGUUCGUGGGCGCGGGGGCCAGGCUCAUCGACUGCAUCGUGCACAGCGGGGCGCGCGUGGAGGAGGGCGCGAAGCUGACGCGGUGCGUGGUGUGCACGGGCGCGGUGGUGCGCGCCGGCGCCGUCAUCGAGCCCGGCUGCGUCAUCACGCCCGGCGUCGUCAUCGGCUCGCGCCACACCGUCGCCGCGGGCUCCAAGGUCACGCUCUGCUGCGCGAAGGAGCGCCUCCGCAGCGCGCUCGGCUCGGCCGCGCAGAGCGACAACGAGGACGAGGCCACGGAGAAGGCCUCCGGCAGCGACGGCUGGGGCGGCAGCGACGACGCCUCCUGGAACGCUUACCUCCCGCCGGACUCGGUCGUCCGCGCCGCGCAGAGCGUCCGCGACGGCUGCAUGAUAUCCGACGUGGUGUGGGACCGGGAGGCCGUCGGCGCGGACGGCGCCGGGUUCCUGUGGCCCGAGGGGCCGGGGUCGGGCGACGGGUACGAGUCCGGCUCCAGCUCCACGGGGUGGGACUUUUACAGCGCGGCGGGGGUGCGGCCGGACCUGGCGGUGCCGUCGGCGGCCGACCACCAGGCGGUGGCGGCGUGGCUCGAGGAGCUGCGCUCGGACGCCAUCAAGCAGAUCGUACAGGGCCCCGGAACGGCGCAGGCGGCCCACCCCGACGCGCCCGCGGACGCCCAGAGCCUCCCGGAGGACCCUGAGGUUCACUUCAAGCGCGAGGUCGUGGAGACCUUCCUCCGGUGCGCCAAGGACGGUUUCGACCAGGCGAACGUCGUGGUCGAGCUCAACGGGCUCCGGCUCGCGGAGAACCGCACGUUCGCGGACUGCGCGCGGUACAUCUUCACGACGGUGCUCGGGCUGUCGUGUCCGGCGCCGCCGGGCGUCGCGGGGCGGGAGUUCUCUGCGUUGUACCCGACGGACCCGCCGGACACGGCGACGAAGGCCGGGCGGCUGAAGCUGCUCGCGGGCGUGCGCGCGCAGCUGAAGAAGUGGAAGGGGCUUGUGGAGAAGUUUGCGCGCGGCGAGGACGAGCAGGUCGACCUCCUGUUGACGCUGGAGGAGUUCUGCUCCGAGGAGGGGGUGUUUAGCGGGACGGGGGAGUACGGCGCGGCGCUCGGGGGGGUGUUUCAGGAGAUCCUGCAGCUGCUGUACAGCACGGACGUCGUCAGCGAGGACGCGCUGCUCGCGUGGGCCGACGAGAAGGCGCAGGCGACGGAGGACGAGCGCGUGUGGCUGAACCGGGCCGGGGCGUUCAUCGAGUGGCUCAAGGAGUCGGACGAGGAGGACGACGACGACGAUGACGACGAGGAGGACGACGACUAG